AUGACUCGAGGGCAGCUGAAGCUGUUGCAGAAGGAAAUGUGGCAGGAAAAGAUUAUGGCCAGCAUGCCAGCCCCGAAGGAUGAUGGAGUCCCACAGAUUCCUGAAAUUGAAGCUGCGCAUGAUUCCAGCAGCAGCUCUGGUGAGAGUGAUGCAAGCGAGAGUGGGAGUGGGGAAACAUGCACGCCCAAGAAGGGAAAAAAGAAGGGAAAGACGAGCAAGAAGAAGGCUAAGGCAAAGAAGGGCAAGACGUCCAAGAAGACGAAGAAGAGUGAGCUAUCCCCGGGAAGCACCCUAAGCACCCCGAAGAGAGACCUUGAAGUUGAAUGCCCCACGGAAGCAAUCGAAAAUGCCGGGGAGAUACUUGGCCAGAUCCUGAAGCUUCAGGGCAAGGUGGGGGCAUGCAGGGAGAAGUUAGAGGAGAAGUCCGGAAAGCUUGCUGCGGAGGCCUUGUCGACUAUCAAUUCGUAUGGGGCGAAGUUGGCAAAGUACCACGAUCAGAUUGCGGAGAUCAAAGCCACCUACGUUGCCAACAAAAAAUCGAUUGACAAAGGGCAGCUCCAGGCAUUGAAGACGGUGAUCUCUGAGACUGAGAAAACGUGUGCUUUGUUUGUCAUGGAAGAGACCAAGCUCCGGACCUUGCUGAAGCCCGACAAGAAGCCUGCCGAGUCUGAGAAAAGUGAGAAGCCGACCCCCGCUGCGAAGAAGGGCGAAGGGCAGGAAACCAGGGACAUUGGUUUGAAGAAGACGCACCCAAUGGUAUGCCUACGGGACUUGGUGACAGCGCUGGAUAAAGCUGGCAAAGUUCAUGAAGUUUUUCUGGCUGGAAAUGGCCCUGCAGAGCUGAAACGCUUUUGGUCUCUAUAUCAAAAGGAACACCCGGGGCAUGAUGUUUACAAAACUCAUAACGGCCGAUUGUCAGCUUGUAUCCCAAUGAUGUUGCACCUUGACGAGGGGACAAGCCACAAGAAGAAAUCCUUGAUGAUAUUGUCCACACAAAUGGUGUGUGGCAAGGGCUCUAAGCGUGCACCUGGUCACAACUUUCUCGGGAGUACGUAUCUGUCUCGGCUUUUGUUUUCAGUUCUGCUGGGGCGAACUUACACCAAAACAAAGGCCGUGCUGUAUAGGCUUCUGGAAGCAUGGGCACAAGAUCUUACUGACUGCUAUUACAAUGGCAUCACGGUUACGGGCGUUCCUGGCUGCCCGAAAUUGUUUCCAGUGUUCAUUGCUGCCAAAGGCGAUUGGCCGGCAUUGGUCAAGGCUGGCCGACUGGUGAGAAGUUUCAUGCGGGACUCUACAGCACCUGAUGCUCCAGGGAUUUGUCACUUAUGCAGGGCAGGCCAACCCAACUAUGAAUGGAAUUCCUUUGAAAAUGAUGCGGCCUGGCUCCAUGCAGACUCACCGCUGCCCUGGACUACACCUUCGCCCUUAUCAGGGAUACCACAAGACCCAAACAAUUUGGCUUCCUUCUAUGCCAUCGAUUUGUUCCAUGUUUCUCACAAGGGAGUGGUUGGUGAUUUCGUGGCGUCGGCCAUUGCUGUCCAGCUAUGUGGGUAA